AUGAAGUUCCUCGUCCCUCUGGCCCUGCUCGUCGCCGCCGGCGUGUCUGCCGACGACAAGACGGGCGGCGACAGCAAGAGCGGCUGCCUUGCCGACUACAUCGUCACCAACUGCCUCGCCAGCGAGACCAAGAAGGCCGAGGGCUGCGCAGCCGCAGACUGGGACUGCAUGUGCGCCGCAUACGAAGCCAUCGCUACCUGCUACAACAACUGCCCCAACGACCCCCGCGCCGGUCCCGCCCGCCAGCAAGUCUCGACCUACUGCGCCAACGCCUCCCUCUACGGCUCAAAGGCCAUGGCCUCCAAGACGGCCACCGGGUCCGUCACCAGCUCCGCCGCCGUCGCCUCCGCCUCGGCCACCGACGCCUCCAGCUCCAUCAGCGGCACCGAGAUCUUCCCCACCAAGACGACUACUGGCGCCUCCGCCGCUGCCUCCAAGACGAACGCCGCGGAGCCCCUCGCCGGCAACGCGGGCGGCCUGUUCGUCGCCGUCGCUGGUGCCGUCGCCGCUCUGCUGUAA